AUGGAGAAACCGGUGAAGGAUGGGAUCGUCUAUGUGCAGCACUGCAAAUUUGGAAAGAGGUCCUGGAGGAAGAUGCGAGCCCAGCUCUUCGCAGCCAGUCCCUCCGGUGUGGCCCGUAUGGAGAAGUUUGAUGUGCGGGAUGACGGCACGGCACUAGAGAAGACCUCCCUACGGCGGUGUGCCCGACGGGUGAUCCGCCUCUCAGACUGCGUUUCUGUGGGCCCUGCAGGCACAGAGAGCUGCCCUAAAGCCACCGCCGCCUUCUACCUCACCACCACGGAGAAGAGCUACGUGCUGGCAGCUGAGCAGCGGGAUGAGUGGAUCACUCAGCUCUGCCAGCUGGCCUUCCAGGGUGCAAAGCAGACAGCGCAGAGCAGUGCCAGGACCCAGCCCAACCCUGCUGUCCCCAUGGAGGAGAACUCCCUCUACUCUUCCUGGCAGGACCUGACUGAAUUCCCAGUACUGGUGGUCCAGACGGACGCAGCCGCUCGCUGCGGCCUGCACGGGCACUAUGUGCUCUCGGCCCUUCCCCAGAGCCUAGCGCUGAAGGACCCGCAGUCACGCCAGCCCCUACUCACCUGGCCCUACUCCUUCCUCCGCAAGUUUGGCCAGGAUCAG